AUGAAGGCAGUGCAUCGGCUUCUACUGGUGGCUGUGGCCUGGUGGUUGCGACAAGGCCGUGCUCCCACCGUGGCCGGAGACUGUACACACGCAUGUGGGGGCGUGUCCGUACCUUAUCCGUUCGGGCUCAAACCCCAGUGUGCGAGUUCCGAAGAGUUUUCGCUCCAUUGCAAUACCUCUGGGAGCCGUGAGCAACUAAUGUUGGGGGAUAUUCCGAUACGCAAGAUCUCAGUCGGGGACUCCACCAUGGUCGUCCGUCUCCCCGAACUAUACGACUGCUACAACAAGGAUGGCCACUCAGCAAGCAGAAACGGUGAUCUGUUCAUCAAUCUAACUUCACAUCCACAGUACAGAUUGUCGGACACCCGGAAUAACCUCACAGUCCUCGGCUGCGACACCUACGCACUCAUAUCCGACCAAAAUGGGAUGUUCCGGACCGGCUGCAUCUCCUAUUGCAGCGACCCCGUCGACUUAGCCAAGGAGAUCACUUGCUCCGGUCACGGUUGCUGUCAAGCAUCCAUUCCGAAGGGGCUCAGGACACUCCGCAUUAAAAUCUCCUCCAUCGACGGAAACGCGUUGGUCUCGCAAUUCAACCCCUGUGGAGUGGCCUUCGUGGUGGACAGAAAGGCAUUCAAUAUCUCCAACAGGACACUCCCGAGCUUCAGUGAUUUGGGCAAGAGGGCGGACCUUGUUCUGGACUGGAUGGUCGGAUGGGACGCGACUUGCAGACAGGCAAUGUCAAACCGGUCGAGCUAUGCAUGUGGCAACAACACUGACUGCUCCGACUACGCGAAUGGACCGGGUUAUCGUUGCUUUUGCAAGGCUGGGUACGAGGGGAAUCCCUAUGAUCGCUUCCACGGAUGUCAAGUUUCGGUCACGUGGAAGCGGAGAAUCAGAAAGAUAAACUUCAAACGAAAUGGAGGAAAGCUCUUGAAACAAUAUGGAGUUCGAAUAUUUACAGAGGCAGAGUUGGCAAAAGCAACUAAUAAUUAUAAUGACCGCAAUAAGCUCGGUGAGGGCGGUUUCGGUUCUGUCUAUCGAGGGAGAAUAAAAGUAGACACCAUGGUCGCAGUCAAUAAGCCUAAAGAUGUGCACAAGUCUCUAGUGAAGGGGGAUUUCCAGCACAAAAUUAAAAUUGUGACGCAAAUGAACCACAAAAAUGUGGUGAAGCUCAAAGGCAUUUGCUUGGAGACUAGAAUACCAUUGCUGGUUUACGAAUAUAGUUCAAAUGCUACCCUCUUCCAGCACAUCCAUCAGAAUGUGUCAACCAUCUUAAAAUCGUGGAAAAAUCGGCUCAGAAUAGCCGCCGAAGCUGCUCUUGCACUUGAGUGUUUGCAUUCCUGCACAAAACCGCCAAUCAUUCACGGCAACGUCAAGUCGGCGAACAUACUUUUGGAUCAAAAUUCCCCCUUAAUCUAA